AUGGCGUCUUCAACGGUCGGCCGCUGGUUCUCGCAGAAUGUGUGGGUGCCCGAUGAGAACCUUGCCAAGAAAGACGACGAUUUGAAGCUUCCGCACCACACUGGAAACAACUGGCAGGCUGCUCGCAAGCCUCGGCGGCGGACCCUGAUUCGUUGUGCCGUCUAUGCGCUUGUCGUCGUCUGCUUCGUCCUUUUUCUUCGUCGCAUAACAUACUCGCCCGAGGAGGAUAUCGUGCGCCCAUACUCGCAAUACCGACACAAUGACCCUGCGUCAAAAGGCGUACCGACGCAGCUCACCGCGCCAAAGGCGACGACCAAACCCUCCGUCGACACAAAGCCUGCCGACCACUCGCUCGAAGAACCCGCCGCAGGUAAAUCAGCGGACGAUGCAAGACACUAUAAAGGCACGCUCAAGUUUAGAGCACUCUCUGCAAGCCUUCGACAGCUGAGCUCGGCCCGUCUCGGCACGGGGGCCAAUACCGUCAUGUUCGCAGCAUCCAAUGUGCAGAGCGCGGCGACCGUACUCCCGAUGGCGUGUCAAAGAGCAGCGUCGCAAAAUGACCGCAUCUACUUUGUGCUUUUCGGAGAUAGCGAUAUUGAGCUAGAGAAGCUGCUCAAAAUCAAUGGCAUUGACAAGUCCUGCAAAAUCCUUGCCAUUGACGCUCGUCCCGAUCAAAGUCGACAGUUGAGCAGCUCUCGUUUGGCAUUCGCUUCUGCCCGCGCAAUGUACUAUAUCGGAACUUAUAUAAAGCCUCUUGCUGUCAUUGUGGAUGGCUCUUUUAUUGAAGACCGGCCGUUUCUUGACGGGAUUAAAGAUCAGAUGAUAGAUUCUCCUCGAAUACCUCUGAUAGAGCUGCCUACCAGGGCUGAAUCUCGUUUCUCAUGGAUGUCACACUUGGACGCCACAGCGCUGGCUGAGUGGAAUGACGUACAAUUGAACAUUUUAAUACAUGCCCCGCCUACAGGAACUGGAAACCUCAAGCGUCUCCUGCGAUCACUCGCUGCGGCUGAUCUGGCUGGCCACAGAAUCCCGCAGAUCACUGUCGAACUACCCCCAACGAUUGACAUCUCGCUGGAGAGGUUUUUGAAUACUUUCCAAUGGCCUCGCUCCAGAUUCGCUGGCUCCAGCCCCAAUAUGCUGACGCUACGACAUCGUAUUCAGCACGAAAAGCCCAGCGCAAGUGAGAGCGCGGUCCGUUUGCUCGAGUCGUUCUGGCCGAGUGACACUACCAAGAGCCAUGCUCUUAUCCUAUCACCUCACACAGAGGUGUCUCCUCAAUUUUUCCACUACGUCAAAUACGCACUACUCCAUAGGCACUAUGGUGCUGCUGCUGGCGAGGAUGACCCGUACAAACUCAUGUUUGGUAUUUCGUUCACCGUACCCGAGACUCAUCUACACAACACGUCACCAUUUUCUGCACCAGUGGCUGCGAAAGAGGGAACAUCAUUUGUAUGGCAGGCACCGAGCAGUGACGCUUUGCUUGUUUUCGGUGAUAAAUGGGUCGAGCUACACGGCUAUGUAUCGCAAAGCCUACAGGCGCAAAAAGCCGGGACUGCUGUGCCUACCUUGACGCAGUCCAAGGAUGUUGCGGAAGGCAAACCAGCGUGGCUGGAGUAUAUGCUGCAGUUGUGCCGUCUCCGCAGCUACUUCACCGUGUAUCCGAGCAAAGAAACUGCGGACGCAAUUAUCGGCGUCUAUAACGAUCUACCCGACGUUCCUGACGGGCGCGAGAAGAGCGAAACGGAGGCACAAAGAGGCAGCAGCUUCGACGCCGGAUCGCAGGUGGAUAUGCUCAACACGUUGCCCGACGGCGGCGCCCUGCCCAGCCUGCACAAGAUACCGGCUCUCGCUUGGCAGGGCCAAGUUAGCACCAUCGACGACAUUGUGCAGGAGUCGCACAAGCAGGCGGCCGAGUUCCGACGCGAGAUUGGAACGUGCAAGGAUCCAGAAGCUGUUGUUAGACGCGAUAGAUAUGCCGCGGAUCUCUUCUGCGCAGUGAAGGAGAAGAGCGCAUCGUGA